UCUCCCUUUCCCCUUUUCUUUCUUUCCGUCAGAGAAAUCACUCAAACCCAACCACAAAACCCUUGCACUGUAAUCCUGCACCACCGCCACGAGGAGUGGCAUACUGCCGCCGUCCGUCGCACUCAAAGUUCGCCAUCCGUCAUCUAGCUUCCCUCGUGCUCCAAAUCUUCAACCCCUGUUCGCUGUCACCGAUCGCGGUUGCUUCCUCGAGCUCGGCGUCCGUCGUCUUUGUCUGCUCAGCCGCGCGUCCGUCGCCGUUUGUUUGCCGUUCACGCUCGCGUCUUCGUUCGCGUUCUUCGCCGUUCGCGUUCGCUCGGCGUUCACCGUUCGCGUUCGCUCGCUGUUCACCGUUCGAGUUCGCGUUCGUCUGGAAGCCACGUUGCUCUGCUUCAAACUCUGCGACCAACCCGUGCGCUCCACUCAGCCAUCGGACUGCUCGCUUUUGUCCCCGCCGUGAGUUCCCUAAACCCGCCACCAGACAAUACACUCAGACAACACCAAUACUCUUCUUCAAACUCUGCAACUUCUGAUUUCUAUUACAGGCAGCAUGGGAGAAUGAAGUUAGAGACAGAAAGUCUCAAAGAUGUUAAAUGCAAUGAUGGAAAAGAAAAAGAGAAGGUUCACUUUCUGUGCUGAUAAAUUGAUUCGGCUGGUCUUGAAAGCACAUAUCUUUUCUCUCCCCUUUCCACGCAACAAUUAAGAGUUCAUAUAAGAAUUUACUCCCCAAAGUUCUGUUCAAGGUCUUGAUUGGAAAAGUUGAACAGAAAAUAAACCUACUGCUUCUUCAGUGUUGAUGUGGCCAAAGACAUACAAUUCUUUUGUAGAGGAUUGUGUCUCAUCUUAAUUCAAUUAGCUGGUGCUGUAGUAACUCCAAAGAUCUUAAGUGAAACUUUUUGGUGGUUUACUUACGUGUACAGUAUCUCCAUGAAGACUUGGAGGCAAUUUAUUGGACUGUGUAUAUAUUUGUUGGUGUGGAGUUCAUUUAUAUCAUCUCCUAUUGUGGAUUCUGCAAAUUCAAACUUCAACAGUGGAAAUGACAGAACCUUUCAUCCCAUCAAGAAAUUUGUGAUGCAAUCUUAUUUUGACAGGCACAUAGAAUUACAUGAUUCAGUUUUUGAUAAUUUUAUGUCUCAAGAAGACAAUGUUGGUUUGUGUCAAGUGCUUCCAAAAAACCAUGAUUUUGUGCCAAGAUUGUCAGUUCUGAAGCGAGAGCUUAUUGGCGAAGGUUCUCAUCGUCAUGUGUCUACAUUACUAAAAUUUCAAGCUCGGCGAUCAGAGUCUUCGUCCCAACUUCUAAGCUCCUCGUGUGACUUCAUAAUUAUUGAAAGACUACCUACCGGUGUUUUUGCUGAUCCAUUUGAACUACAGCGACUUGUUCAGCGUGGUGUCUUCAAUGAUGUUGAUGUCUUUGGUGAUACAAAUCUGGAACUUCCUUCCUUCUUGUCUAAUCGUUCUGCUGUUGAAAUACAUUUGGUUGUUGACCCAAAUAAAUUUCUAGAGCCAACUGAUAUCAAGAUUGAGCUUCCAUUGCAUGCGCGAUAUCAACCUCUAAAUGAAAGUGGCUACUCCACAGUUGAACUUGGUAUGCCUGAUAUUCUGGUGCGCUGCAGCACAAAGGAAAGGUCAGAAAAUCAAAAUUAUUUCUUCAAAUUGACCAACAAUGAUGCUGAUGUUAUGUAUGAAGCUGAUGUUCUUUGGAGAAUUCCUUCUGGGAAAAAGGCACAUUCUAACCUAGUCUUUGUCAUUACAUUUAGUGCAGCCUUGUUAUCAACUCUUGUAAUUGUUCUCUCGUCAUUAGAAUAUUCUAAGAGCAGAGUGAGAAAAGAUUCCAAGCAAUCUUAGAAGUUCUUCCGCCAAGAAUUCUGGGUAUUGACUAUAGUGUCUUGUCCCUUCUUUUAUGGGUAUUGACAAAGUUUAGGUGGCUUUAAUAUUGGUCAGUCAACCAAGGUCAGAGUAUAUGUCUGUGCUUAUGAAAAGAGUGUUCAUAGCAAUGGAAAGGACUCGAAUCCACAUUCUUUUGAGAUAUGUUCUGAACAUUGACUUCUUUGCUGACUCUCCUUGACAGUAUAUCUCGUCUAUAAUAACCCCCCAGGCAUGAUUUGGGUGAAAAUUGCUAUUACUACCCUUACAAUGGCUAGGAUGGAUUUCUCUCUGUCUCUUCAUCCGUGUUAAUUCUUUGGGAAUUCUUCGGCGAAGAGUGAAGAUUCUAACUAAAUUUGUAGACGAUUUUUUUCUAUUAUAAAAUGAGUAAUCUUCACUCU